UAUCAGUCGUAUGAGUCGCCAUACAUUUUCUUUAUAUCUUUGUGUUAACAAUAUGGGGACAAUCGGUUCGAAAAUUCAGUUCGACAGUAAUAAACCAUUGGGUAAAGGGGGUUUUGGCGAGGUGUAUUUAGGGGAAUACGACGGCAAUAAAGUCGCAGUUAAAAUAGUUGAUAUAAAUAAUGUUGAUGAACGUGAAAUAAACGCUAUGAAGGAACUCACGAAGGGAAAAGGUCAUCCCAACAUCGUCAAAUUGUUUUGGUAUGAACGUGACGAUAAGUACUGGUACUUUGCUUUGGAAUUAUGUGCCGCCUCAUUAGAUAAAGCAUUCCUGGGCCGUGGCAACGACAAAAAAUAUAACGGGCCUCUACCACCCCAUAUCGACAUGUUUCUUCAACUAGCUGCCGGUCUCGAAUACAUUCAUUCAAUGAACUUUAUUCAUCGAGAUAUUAAACCACAAAACAUUCUUAUUUCGGUGCGAAAUGACGGCCAAAAGGAAGAGAUAACAAUCAAAUGGGCAGACUUUGGACUGACUAAACCAGUCAGUGAGCGGGGUACUUUCGACAUAAGCGAAAUCUGCGGAACAGAUGGCUGGUUUGCUCCCGAAAUAUUGAGAAUGUGUGAGAAAAGAAAUAUAGACAGCCGAGGAAACGUAAAGAGCGAUGUUUUUGUACUUGCCCUCGUCUUUGGGUAUCUUCUCCUGAAGGGAAAACAUCUCUACGGUUCUAAUGUAACACAAAUUGAUAGGAACAUCCUAAAAAAUGCUCCAGUCAACAUGACAGAAAUCGGCGGCGAAUUACGCCAACUUUACGAGCACAAUCUACUUAGAAAAAUGUUGGAAGACGAACCUAAAAACAGGAUGUCGUCAACUGAAGUCUUCAAAGAACUAACAUCCAUCAAGCAAAAGCUUGCUGCAAAAUAGAAACUACGUCAACCUUGCGACACUAAGGAAGUAUAGAGUAAUCGUUCCUACCGUUUCUUGCCCACGUUCUCCAGAUCGAUUUUCAAACCAUAAGUAUAAUGGAACCACUGCUAUCGAAUUACCACAAUUCAAUAAUUAGUUGUAGGAAGGCCGAGUGUGAAAUUUUAUCCUUUAAGUAAAAAACAAGGUCAACAUGAUUAACAGUGAUUUCAUUUCCAGACUAAUUUUGUAGUACCAUUCUUGUAUGCACGGCACAUUUACCAGCAAAAUUGCUUAGCGAUCCUAAGAUGACGUUGACGAUAAAGAUCGCUGCGAUACUUGUCACGACGUAACAGUAGGUGUGUGGCUAUUUGAAGACCUGUCAUGAAAAUGCAUGGCAUUAGCAUGACAUGCACUAAGAUGUCACUGCAUGACAUUAACUAGGAAAUACCAGCAUCUCAGUAACAAGAUAAAACGUGACAAAAGAAUUCAGAGCAUGGCUGCAAAGACUAACUAACAGUUUAAUCAAUAAGUUCACUAAACUGAUUUGUACAAAUAACAUUUCCAUACCAAAAUAUUAAAAUUUGACGGUAAUGAUUUAAA